UGCGCGCGUCCCCCGCGCGCCGCGCUGCGGGCGGGGCGGGUCUCCGGGAUUCCAAGGGCUCGGUUACGGAAGAAGCGCAGCGCCGGCUGGGGAGGGGGCUGGAUGCGCGCGCACCCGGGGGGAGGCCGCUGCUGCCCGGAGCAGGAGGAGGGGGAGAGCGCGGCGGGCGGCAGCGGCGCUGGCGGCGACUCCGCCAUAGAGCAGGGGGGCCAGGGGGAGCCGGUCCCUUUCCCGUCGGGGAGCGCGGGGCCGGGGCCCAGGGGACCCCGGGCCACGGAGAGCGGGAAGAGGAUGGACUGCCCGGCCCUCCCCCCCGGAUGGAAGAAGGAGGAAGUGAUCCGAAAAUCUGGGCUCAGUGCCGGCAAGAGCGAUGUCUACUACUUCAGUCCAAGUGGUAAGAAGUUCAGAAGCAAACCUCAGUUGGCAAGGUACCUGGGAAAUACUGUUGACCUCAGCAGUUUUGACUUCAGAACUGGAAAGAUGAUGCCUAGUAAAUUACAGAAGAACAAACAGAGACUGCGGAAUGAUCCUCUCAAUCAAAAUAAGGGUAAACCAGACUUGAAUACAACAUUGCCAAUUAGACAAACCGCAUCAAUUUUCAAACAACCAGUAACCAAAGUCACAAAUCAUCCUAGUAAUAAAGUGAAAUCAGACCCACAACGAAUGAAUGAGCAGCCACGUCAGCUUUUCUGGGAGAAGAGGCUACAAGGACUUAGUGCAUCAGAUGUAACAGAACAAAUUAUAAAAACCAUGGAACUACCUAAAGGUCUUCAAGGAGUCGGUCCAGGUAGUAAUGACGAGACCCUCUUGUCUGCUGUCGCCAGUGCUCUGCACACCAGCUCUGCACCCAUCACAGGGCAGGCCUCCCCGGCCGUGGAGAAGAACCCCGCUGUCUGGCUGAACACGUCUCAACCCCUCUGCAAGGCUUUCAUUGUCACAGACGAAGACAUUAGGAAACAGGAAGAGCGAGUACAACAAGUACGCAAAAAAUUGGAAGAAGCACUGAUGGCGGACAUCUUGUCACGAGCUGCUGAUACGGAAGAAAUGGAUAUUGAAAUGGACAGUGGAGAUGAAGCCUAAGAAUAUGAUCAGGUAACUUUCGACCAACUUUCCCCAAGAGCAAAUUUCUAGAAUUGAACAAAAGCGUUUCCACUGGGUUUCGCCUGUAAGAAAAAAAACAAACCCGAGCACAUACAGCUUUUUAAUAGCACUAACCAAUGCCUUUUUAGAUGUAUUUUUGAUGUAUAUAUCUAUUAUUCAAAAAAUGAUGUUUAUUUUGAGUCCUAGGACUUAAAAUUAGACUUUUGUAAUAUCAAGGAGGAUGCUUAAGUUGAAGCUGAGCUUUUGAUGCCAGGUGCAAUCUACUGGAAAUGUAGCACUUACGUGAAAUAUUUGUUUGCCCCUGUUUUAAUAUGAACCGAUCAGUAGUACCAAAUAAAUCUCCCAAUUAAAGAUUAUUGUGACUUCACUGUAUAUAAACAGAUUUUUAUACUUUAUUGAAAGAGGACACCUGUACAUUCUUCCAUCAUCACUGUAAAGACAAAUAAAUGAUUAUAUUCACAGAC